UACCUUUGUUUUUUUGCUUGACCCUUUAGUUACAGUUCUUUUACGGCGUAGGUAAACGAGCAGUACCGCGUCGGCGCCACCCGUGAUGUAAACAGGCCGUGCUGAUCGUACCGCCUUCGGUCGAAAGACAACGCUUUCUCCGCAUCUCCGCCGUGUUUUCAACGCUGACGCCAGUACAUGCCAACCUGUUGACAUAGAGGCAGGUACGACUCAAUAAGCGGUUCUAGCGUCGUGUCGCCAAAAUCAUGGGGGAAAACAUGGAUUACGAUAUGAAAUUAAUAGAGGAAGUGAAGAGAUAUCCCGAAUUGUAUGACAGUUCCCAGAGAAACUUCAAAAAUAAAGUUCUGAAGGCGGCGUUGUGGAAAGACAUCGCUUUCAAAAUGAGGAAACAAACGGACGAGUACUCAAUUAAAACAGUCCGCAUGAGAUGGAAAAGCCUACGAGACUCUUACGUCAAAGAAAUUAAAUACAAAAUGGCAGUCAGCAGUGGACAUAUCCUUAAGCCUCGUAAAAACUGGCGUUACAGCAACUGUAUGACAUUUCUUGCUCCGUUCCUAGCAAUAAGUUUUCCAAACACCAGCAAAAUAAAAGACGAAUCCUGCGAAAUAAAAGAAGAAGUUAGUGAUCAAAGUGAGCCAACCGAUCCAACAUAUUUCUUGAAUGUAAGUUCGGGCCCAGAGGAAAACUACGGCCAUUUUCUAAGUGCUUUAUUGGACUAUUCUAAUAAUCAUAAUUCUACUGUGUUCAAAACUGAUGAUGGUGAUAUCGAUUCGUUCUUUAAGGGUGUUGCUGAUACAGUAAAGAAGCUUAGUGCUGUCAACCAGGUUUUUAUCCAGAGGAGUGUAGUAAAUAUGGUAUUGGAUAUUAAACUUAGAGAAGCUCAUGAAAAAGCAAAUAUUCUUAGAGAAUCUGGCGACAAUGAUUAACUUGCGUUUAGAUCCCGUUGAUUAAACAAAAUAUCUAAAGGUAAUUUACCUAUCUAAAUAAAAAUAUCUGAAUCAGAUUUUCUAAAAACUUUAGAUAAAAAAAUCUCAAUAUCUAAAUAUUUUAGUAGAUAUUAUUGUAACAUAUAAGUUUUUUAAAUGCCGUUCAUUGCUGAAUUCUAUAGUAUUGUAAACUUUUGUACAUUUUGUACUCAGUUUUGUAUUUUGUUCCUUUGGUAUUUUUCUCAUGUACUUAAAUUGUCUGGCUAGGUUGUCAGAUCUAUGCAACUUUGUUUUAUGUAAACUACAGUGCGUCCAUAAAGUAACGCAUAAAUUCAUUAUUUCAUAAACCGGUGACUUAAAUAAAAAAAAUC